CUUCUUUUAUAGGGCACCAAUGCCUCUGCUCUGGAAAAAGAUAUCGGUCCAGAGCAGUUUCCAAUCAAUGAACACUACUUUGGAUUGGUCAAUUUUGGGAACACCUGCUACUGUAACUCCGUGCUGCAGGCACUGUAUUUUUGCCGGCCGUUUCGGGAAAAUGUGUUAUCAUACAAGGCCCAACAGAAAAAGAAGGAAAAUCUCUUGACUUGCCUGGCAGAUCUUUUCCACAGUAUUGCUACUCAGAAGAAGAAAGUUGGUGUUAUUCCACCAAAGAAGUUCAUAUCAAGGUUACGAAAAGAGAACGAUCUUUUUGACAACUACAUGCAGCAGGAUGCACAUGAGUUUUUAAAUUACCUUCUCAACACCAUCGCAGACAUUUUGCAGGAGGAGAAGAAACAGGAAAAGCAAAAUGGGAAACUGAAAAAUGGCAACAUGAAUGAAGCUGAAGAGAACAAUAAACAAGAACCCACCUGGGUGCAUGAGAUUUUUCAGGGAACACUGACUAACGAAACUAGAUGUUUGAACUGUGAAACCGUUAGUAGCAAAGAUGAAGAUUUUCUUGACCUUUCUGUUGAUGUGGAGCAGAACACAUCAAUUACACACUGUCUAAGAGACUUCAGUAACACAGAAACAUUAUGUAGUGAACAGAAAUACUACUGUGAAACUUGCUGCAGUAAACAAGAGGCACAGAAAAGGAUGAGAGUAAAAAAACUGCCAAUGAUUCUUGCCUUACACCUCAAGAGAUUCAAGUACAUGGAGCAAUUGCACAGGUAUACCAAGCUUUCCUACCGUGUGGUGUUUCCUCUGGAGCUACGUCUCUUCAACACAUCUGGCGAUGCUGUCAACUUAGAUCGGAUGUACGACUUGGUAGCUGUUGUUGUCCACUGUGGAAGUGGACCAAAUCGAGGGCAUUAUAUUACUAUUGUGAAAAGUCAUGGGUUUUGGCUUUUGUUUGAUGAUGACAUUGUAGAGAAAAUAGAUGCUCAAGCUAUUGAAGAGUUCUAUGGUCUGACCUCUGAUAUAUCAAAAAAUUCAGAGUCUGGCUAUAUCUUAUUCUACCAGUCAAGAGAGUGACUUGGCAAACUGUGACAACAGCACACAAGGAGGCUGCACAGAAAAGGAGGUGAUGUCCCCCCUUGACUGACUGACACAGACCACAGCUUGUGUGGUUGGACAACAAUACACUCUUGUCUCCUGUUCAAUGGUCUAUGUGAUAU